AUGCUGCUCCGGCCCCGGCGGCCGCCCCCGCCCGCCCCGCCGUCCCCCGCCAGCCCGGACUCCGAGCAGCGGCUGGCGGGGGGCGUCCCCGGGACCCCGCCCGGGAGGCCCGCCUCGCCCGGCGCGCUGGCGGCGCCCGCGCCCCCCGGAUCGCCCGCAUCCCCCGGGUCGCCCGUAUCCCCGGGCUCGGCGCAGCGCACGCCCUGGAGCGCGCGCGAGACGGAGCUGCUGCUAGGCACGCUGCUGCAGCCGGCCGUGUGGCGAGCGCUGUUGCUAGACCGCCGCCAGGCGCUGCCCACCUACCGCCGCGUGUCGGCCGCGCUGGCCCGCCAGCAGGUGCGGCGCACGCCCGCGCAGUGCCGCCGCCGCUACAAGUUCCUCAAGGACAAGGUCCGCGACGCGCACGGUCAGCCGCCCGGGCCCUUCGACGCGCAGAUCCGGCAGCUCAUGGGGCUGCUGGGCGACAGCGGGCGCAGACGCGGCCGCCGCCGCUCCCCCGGGCCCGGGCGCCCCCCGCGCGGCCGCCGGCCAGCCCCCGCCGCGCCCGCUGAGCCGGGCGCCCCACCGCUGCCCGCCGCCCGAGAACCCGACGCGGACCCCGCCUGGACGCUCAGGUUCAGCCCGUCCCCGCCCAAGUCUGCGGACGCGCCCCGCGACCCCGGUUCCCCGACGGCCGUUUCCACAUUCACCCCCGCGCCCGGCCGCCCCGAGGACCCCGAGCCCUUCCGCGCCCCCGCCUCGCCGCCGCCGCCGUCGUCCCCCGGCCCCACCCGGGAACAUCCUGACUCGCCGCCUGGUCGCCCGGAGGACCACGUGCCCCCGCAGCCCACGCCGCCGUCGCUGAACGCCGCCCUUCUGCAGACCCUGGGGCACCUGGGCGACAUCGUGUCCAUCCUGGGCCCGCUGCGUGACCAGCUGCUGACCCUGAACCAGCACGUGGAGCAGCUGCGCGGCUCCUUCGACCAGACCGUGUCCCUGGCCGUGGGCUUCAUCCUGGGCAGCGCCGCCGCCGAGCGAGGCGUCCUGGCCGACCCGCGCCAGUGA